AUGGCAGAAGAAAGCCAUCCCUCGAAAAAACGGCGUUUGGAGAACGGUUACACCGCGACACCGGAAACCUCCUCUGACGAGCUUGCAGCAAACUCGGAUGUCGAGCGGAGAGGAGAAAGUUGGGCGGAAGAAAACCCCAUCGUUUACAGAUCUUCUGUGGAAUACAAAAGGGAUCGCUCCGUGAGCCGGAGUCGCAGCCGCAGCCGCGGCCGCAGCCUCAGUCACAGCGGGUCAGGGAGCCCAGACGAGCUCGCAGAGGAUGCCAGCACUUACUGGCGGCGACGGAGGUCCGGGAUACAUAGCAUGACCUCCUCGCGAGAAGAUAGCCCGCAAGAAAGCGAUCGCCCGGAUGGAUCGGAAAACGGCCCAUUUGACCGGGGAGUUAGUGAGCGCUCCGUCGAACUCGAUUCAUCGUCAACUCCCACACCGCUGUCGCCAUCGCCUCCGCCAAAACCAGAACGAUUAUACUACCGAGAAAAGUAUGUACUGAAAGGACACCAGCUGGGAGUGUCAACUGUCAAAUUCUCUCCCGAUGGAUCUAUGAUUGCUAGUUGCUGUAAGGAUAGAACUCGAAUGAACUCUUCUAUACUUUGUCUGUGGUCUAACAAAUUGGGAGCAGCUGCGGAUGCUACAAUAAAAAUAUGGGAUACGGCUAGUGGACGACUCAUCCAUACAUUCGAAGGACAUUUGGCUGGCAUUUCGACAAUAUCAUGGAGCCCAGACGGAGCUAUAAUCGCAUCAGGGUCUGACGAUAAGUCUAUUAGAUUGUGGCAUGUUUCAACUGGAAAACCACAUCCCAACCCUUUCCUCGGCCACCACAACUACAUAUACUCCGUCGCCUUCUCUCCAAAAGGAAACAUGCUUGUCAGUGGAUCGUAUGACGAAGCCGUUUAUCUAUGGGACGUCCGAUCCGCACGGGUAAUGCGCUCACUCCCUGCCCACUCUGAUCCUGUUGCUGGUGUCGAUAUUGUGCGCGAUGGAACGCUUAUUGUUUCAUGUGCAAGUGAUGGCCUCAUUCGCAUUUGGGACACUGGCACAGGGCAAUGCCUCCGGACUCUCGUUCAUGAAGACAACCCUCCCGUUUCAGCUGUGAAAUUCUCGCCAAAUGGCAAGUACGUGCUCGCUUGGACGCAUGACGACUGCGUUAGGUUGUGGGACUACGUUGAGGGUCGAUGUAUCAAGACAUACCAAGGCCAUAAAAAUAGGAAGUAUAGUCUUUCAGGCGCUUUCGGGGUGUACGGUGCACUUGGUGGUGAGGUUAUGGCUUUCGCAGCCAGCGGAAGCGAGGAUGGAGCGGUGCUUUGUUGGGACGUGGUUAGUAAGAAGGUGCUACAGAAGCUUGAGGGGCAUUCUGAUGUCGUUUUGGAUGUUGAUACGUACUGUUCUGGGGAGAGCCGGUUAAUCGCAAGUUGCGGUUUGGACAGGACAAUACGAGUUUGGGAGGAGGAACAGCCCCUCCUAGGGUCGAAUCACCAGACUGGCACAAGGGACAAGCUGCCAGAACAUGAGAUACCAGAGGAUGAGUUAUCGGGUGUCGACGAUAACAUUGAUGCACGUGUACAAGUUGACGAUGACCUCGACAUGGAUGUUGAUGGUGAUGCCAUUCUGAGAUGA